UUCUGUUAAGUGAGAACAUUUUAGAAUGUAUAAAAGGAAUUGCGUUUUAUUGUUCGAGAAACAAUUCACUCAAUCAACAAGUUCUUAACAAAAUUUUAUUCCAAAAUGAAGGUCGCUUUAGCUCUUUGUGUUUUUGCCUUGAUUUCCUUAUCUUCAGCAACACUACGAAGAAGACAACGUCAAGCAUAUGAAAAUGGUUUAGCUUCUGGUAUCGGAAUUAAAGCCAUCCUGGGUCGACAAGGAUGCAGAGGUAAUCAAGGCUCAUCUGGUAUUGGAGGCCAAUCUGGUGGUAAUAGAGGAUCUGGUUCAGCAUCAGGCUCAGCAUCAGGUUCAGCAUCAGGUUCAGCAUCAGGCUCUGGAUCAGGCUCUGGAUCAGGCUCAUCAGGCUCCAGAAAUCAAGGUGGCAGUGGAGCUGGCUUAGGCAUUGGCGGUCAACUUAAUGGUAAUGGAGGAUCUGGUUCACAAGCUGGUAAUGGAUUUGAUGGCCAACAAGGAUCUGGUUCACAAGGAGGAUCAAAUUCAGGACAAGGUCUUGGAUUAGGUUUAGGUGGACGAUCUGGCUCUGGAUCUAACUCUGGCUCUGGUUCACAAGGCUCUAAUGCUGGAGCUAAUGUUGGUGGUGGUCAAGGAGGCAGAGUUGCUGUUGGAUCUCGUUCUGGUUCAGAAGUAACCAACUCUGGUAAUGUUAAUGGUUACCAAAAUAACCUUGAUCGAUCACGAUCUUCAUUGAAUGGUUUCACUGAUAAUGCUCAAAACUCCAGAGGUUACGAGAAUUCUGGUUCAUCAUUCUUGAAUGAAGCAAACAGAGCUCAAUCAAACCGUCAAUUCAGUCCUAAUGGAGGAUUCUCAGAUUCAAGCUUAUCUGCCUCUGACCGAUCAGCUGGAUCCAAUUACCGAAACAUAGGAUUCGAUAACAGUGCUGCACAAAAAGCUGGUUUCAAUUUCGAUAACGACCAACUCAAAGCUUCACAAUCAGGCUUCAAUGCUGACUAUUUCAACCAAGCCAGAAACAAUGCUGAAGCUUUUGGAAUCAGAAUGUGAAUCUAAAGUUUGAUUUAAACUCACUUACUGAGGAAUAGAAAAAACAUUUGAAAGAUUCCAACAUGGAAUCACACGUCAGGUUUCAACUAGAUUUUUUUAUAAAAAGAAAACUCAAACCAAUAUCUUUCAUCUGAUACUGUGAUCAUAGUUUUGGGACUCAUAGAUCGACUUUUAGAUCGACAUGAAAAGAAAUAGUCAAUUUUAUGGGAUAAUUAACAUUGAAAAAACAGAGCGUCAAAUAUCCCAUAGACUUGGAUGCUAAACGCAUUAAACUUUUGUGUGAGAACUUUUUUCUAAAAAUCGAUCUACGCGGUAACUAUAAAUCCAAAAAUACGAUCAUAUUACCAAAUGAAAGAUACUGAAUCGAAUUUUCUCAUUAUAAAAAAAUCAAUCAAAAAUCAAAACCUUACUUGUGAUUCCAUUUUGAAAUGUUUUCUCUAUCAUUCUGUAAAUCUCACGAGUUCUGUAUACAAAUAAUUUAGAAAAGAAGAAAAUAAAUGCUUACCGCCAAAAUUGAUAUAAAAGACAUAA